AUGACAUUUCUGCCUACAGCUAURGCUCCGACUUCAGCCUUAAAAUGGCUCCGCACCCGCAAAAACAAGAAAUGGAAACAACUUCCAUUGAAUGUAAGCUACACAUUUGACUGUCGUUUAAGCAUUCCUACUGCAAAUGUAACUCUUUUGAAAAACGAUGUUAUUGUCCCUGUCGACGGAGGCAAAGUCAAGMMGUCCAGGCAGAAAUUCACCAUUAGCAACKUAAAACAGAAUGAUUCAGGGAUAUACAGCUGUCGAACUGAUAAGAUAGCAGCCGAUUUACAAUUCGAGAUCUACGUUUAUAAGGUGGUGGCUCCACAAGUUGUCACAUUCGCAAACGAAACAAUCAAAGAAACGAGCCACUUUACAUUAUAUUGUACGGUCAGUGGUUUCCCAUUUCCAAAGGUCCAGUGGUUUAAAAACGGUAAACGCAUCAAAGCGUUGGGCGUUUUUCAAUCUUCGAAGGAUUGUGAAAACAUACACAGAAAACGCAAUCCAUAUUAUUAUUUGAAAAUUUCCAAAGUGCCAGGCACUGAAGCCCGUAAUAGUACGCUGGUUAUCUGCGACGCCCAGGGCUGGGAUACUGGCUUGUAUACGUGUUCAGCUACAAAUCAAGUUGGAGAAGCUAACAGAACAGCAUAUGURAACGUACUGGCUGCACCAAUAAUCCAAUUCAAGGGAUACACAAAAGAAACCUGGUUUAUCGGUGAUGACUUUAGAGUCAGGUGUAAUGUGAAAGGGAACCCAAUCCCCGAAGUCCGUUGGCUAAAAGAAAGAAAAAAUGGUAUCUUCAAACCCUAUAAGGAUUCUACAUGGACUAAGAAGAGACAAAAAAUACGUAUCAAACAUUUGGAGAAAAGCGACUUUGCGGUUUACAAAUGCGAGGCGAGAAACAUCAUGGGAACAAACGAAAAGACUUUCGCUGUCAACCAAACAGUGAACAGUAAAUAUUUCUCCAAUUCUGAUAAAGUCAYCUCAAAGACAGCAUUAAUCAUCAUAAUCAUCGCUGGUAUUCUUUUAAUCUUCAUCCUUCUGGUCGUCACCGCCGUUUUGUAUCGUAGAAAGAAACUGUACGGCGGAUUCUACAUCUUGACAUUACCUCCMAUGCCAGAUUACCUCAAGAAACUCGACCCUCACCGACCGAUACAAGAACAGACUCACAAACUACCACUGUGUGCUGUCUGGGAGUUUCCUAGAAAUAGACUUACAUUAGGUAAAGUCAUUGGUUCGGGUGCUUUUGGUCAGGUAUUCAGAGCAGAGGCGAUAGGAAUCUACUAUAAUAACAGACAAGUGACAGUGGUAGCUUGUAAAGGACUUAAAGAGGACGCCUCUGAGUCAGAAUACAAAGAUCUAGUUUCCGAGCUGAAAAUUCUGAUGCACAUUGGUGAACAUAAGAACAUCGUGAAUCUACUCGGUGCCUGUACAAAAGGACGUAGAUGUGAAGUUCUUGUCAUCAUUGAGUACUGUCCUCAUGGUAAUCUAUUAGAGUUCCUCCGCAACAGACGCGAUAUAUUCCAAGCCACAUGGGCUCCUGCCACCGAGAAACCCGAUGAAUCACUCAGUACUACAGACUUGAUGAUCACAGCCUUCCAGGUUGCACGUGCCAUGGAAUUCCUUGCUUUACGUCGGUGUGUACAUAGAGAUCUCGCUGCUAGAAACGUUCUUGUCGGAGAGAACCACGUGAUGAAAGUAGCUGACUUUGGGCUUGCUCGAGAUGUUUAUAAAAAUGAACAGUACUUCAAGACGACCUCAGGUCUGGUACCUAUAAAGUGGAUGGCUAUCGAGGCGCUGGCAGACAGAAUCUAUACUCAUCAAAGCGAUGUGUGGUCGUUUGGGGUGUUGCUAUGGGAGAUCUUUACACUAGGCGGCAGUCCUUAUCCUGGUUUACCCACUAAAGAAGUAUAUCAGUACUUAAUAGAUGGACAGCGCAUGCACCAACCAGAAGAUAGUCCCGACCAAAUGUAUCAUUUGAUGCAAGCCUGCUGGAAACACGAUCCCAAUGACAGACCUGCAUUCUCUUCCAUCGUACAGACUAUCGAUAAACUACUAGAGGAAACCGCCACACAGACUGGAAAGGAGUACUUGAAACUAGAAAUCGGACAUUGUAACAAUCAGUCAUAUUAUCUUCAGCCAGAAGAAAUCGACUUCAUUAUACCAACAUCAACAAUCCAGUCAUCAGCAACAGACACCAAUUAUAGUCCUCCCCUCCCACCCCUCCCUAAAGACCAAAUUGAGUUGCAAUAG